AGGCCUGUCUACCUUCCUCUCAAGUGCGUAUCCAGCGACUCACGAUGACAUCAGAACGGAAUCAAGAAGACCUAGAGCAAGAAGUUUUGCAUCAGACCUACAGCUUCUUCAGCCCAUGCCCCAAUUCAAGCUCUAGCAAAAUUAAAGGACGUACGCGGCUAUUUUAAUCAAGACCUGGGGUUCUAGAUAUCGAAACGCAGCCAUGUCUACUUCAGACGACGACGGAUGCAAUACACCGUCCCACACUACUCUGGUCUCCAAUACCGAGUCGGUCGAAGGUCCCUUGAGUUCAGGCAUCGAAUCAUCAUGUCCAUGGCCAGGAUGCAAAUACAUCAUCCGCGAAACGGAGUCCAAACUCGUCAUUGCGCUGAAAGAUGGUGGUUUGGACUUGUACGCUCUGCCAACCAAAGAAACCGUGAACUACGACCUGGGGCUUUACUGGAAUUGUUGCAUGGAGAAUGAGAAGAUGUGGCUCGGCUUCAAGAAUACGGUGUCAGCUGCCUACAUGGGACAUAGCGACCGGCAGUCAUGCUGGCGCUUCCAAGCCACACAGUUGUCUCACGGCGAAAGGGAAUCGUUUUGCGCACGGCAACAUCAUGAUGGCGGAUAUGUGCUCCUGGUCAAGCACGGGAGCGGGUUUCUACCUAUGAAAGCCGGAGGAAAGGCUGCUACAGAGUUGGUGGUGGACAAUGACCGGAAGUAAGGAACGAGGUGGCAGUUCAUCCGAGUUGACUAUCCUUGAGUUAACUCGGACAAUUAUGCCGAUGUUCUGGGGCCGAGAGAAAUGAG